GCCCGACCCCGCAGUCCCGGGGGCGCGGGCGGUCUGCGGGCUUUGCCCACGGUCCGGCUCCGGGAGCCGCGUUCGGGACGCGUUCGCACGAAGCCCACCCCCGCCGGGGGGAGACUUAGGUCGUCGCCCCGGGCAUUUUGUGGCUGAGGCGGCUCUGCAGACGGUUUCUGCGUUAGAAAGUUGGGCCGGUGCCUGCGUGCGGGUCCGCACCAGAUUCCGCGGGGGCGGGGGUCGCGAGUCGUUUCAGUGACCCCCCGCAAGCCCGACCCACACGCAGAGAUUUUCUUUCACUUUUCUCCUCGGAUCCUUUGUGUUUUUCACAAUGGGGGGGGGCUGCGCUCCCGCCCAGCGACGUCCCUGCCAUCCAGACCUUCCUGGGGUUAGUAGCCGCGAGUCCGCCCUGACGCACGUGGGACUCGUUUGCUUUUCAAAGUGUGGGCGAUCUGUGCGGCUUCUCUGACCCUCUGACCGGCCCAAUUUCUAGUGUCUUCUUCCAUACAGCCAAGUCGGGAGCGGACCUCCUCUGUGGAAAUGUACAUUACUUUUAAGGCUCUUGAAAGUAAAAUAAAGGAUAAGUUUUCUACAGAACAUCAUACUGUAGGACGUGAAAGACGCCUGUUUUCACCAGCACAGUACGGACAACUUGAGACGGUCUUUAAAGCAAUUAUUUUGUAGUCGUUUGUGUUGUUACAGAUCAUAGCCCUGCUAGGAGGAAACAAGUGCUCUUCUAUUUUAGGAGCAAAUCCUCACUGAAUGGCAGAGGUCCCUUUAUUUGAGCAUGAAGCAGACUUGAUUCAUUUUCGUGUUGGUGAAAUGAGUUUCCUCCCAGCGAAAAACGCAAAACUGGGCAUGUGGGAAUGGAAGCUCAGAGUGAAAGGGCAGGGGCUAAAAGGGGCCUCUGCCCAUGUAUAACUUUGAAUUUCUCCACUAGGAAGAAGUGCCCAGGCAAGAGAUUUUUGUUAUAUGACUUCAUAAAAAAUAGUGAAAUGUCAGACUCUUCACCCUUUAAGAUGCGAUUAGUUCAUUUGGACCUUAAAGGAGCUCCGCCAAAGGUUUCCUACCUCUCGGAGGUCUUCCCUCUGUUCCACGCCUUGGGCGCCAACGGGCUCCUCCUCGAGUAUGAAGACAUGUUUCCCUACGAGGGCCGCCUCAGGCUGCUGAGAGCCAAGCACGCAUACAGCCCCCCUGAAAUCAAAGAGAUCCUACAUCUGGCUACACUGAACAAGCUAGAGGUCAUUCCGUUGGUGCAGACAUUUGGACACAUGGAGUUUGUGCUGAAGCAUGAGGCUCUCGCUCACCUCCGAGAAGUAGCACUUUUCCCGAACACCCUGAACCCCCAUGAGGCGGAGGCCCUGGCCCUGGUGGGAGCCAUGGUCAGCCAGGUCAUGGAGCUGCACCCGGGCGCGCGGUGGUUCCAUGUCGGCUGCGACGAGGUCUAUUACCUUGGCGAGGGCGAGGCCUCCAGACGGUGGCUGCAGCAGGAACGUAACACCAAAGCGAGACUGUGUCUGUCCCACAUAAAGGCAGUGGCCUGCCACGUGCUGGCCCGGCACCCCGCCACGAGGCCCCUGGUGUGGGACGACAUGCUGCGGGCCAUCCCCGAGGACCAGCUCUCAGCAUCAGGGGUGCCGCAACUCGUGGAGCCUGUGCUCUGGGACUACGGGGCCGACCUAGACGUCCAUGGCAAAGCUCUUCUCAUGGAAAAGUACCGGAAGUGUGGUUUUCUCCGGCUGUGGGCUGCCAGCGCCUUCAAGGGGGCCACGGGGGUGAGCCAGGCCCUGACCCCCAUCGAGCACCACCUCAGGAACAACGUGCAGUGGCUGCAGGUGGCGGCCCGUGGGCCUGCGGACGUGCUCCAGGGCAUCGUCCUGACCGGCUGGCAGAGGUACGACCACUUCUCCGUGCUGUGCGAGCUGCUUCCCGUGGGAAUCCCGUCCCUGGCCGUCUGCCUGCAGUCGCUCCUACACGGAGGGUUUACCGAAGACGUUAAAGCAAAAGUGGAGAACUUUCUCGGGAUUUCAAACCUAGAAGUAACUGAUUUUACAAGCGAGGGGCCCGGCUCCUUCCCUGGCAGCGACAUCCUGGCCCUCGUCACGCACGUCAGCCUCCACUUGCGCAGCUCCGUGGACACACUGCUGGAGAGGGACAGGUACGUCAGCGGCUGGUUCAGCCCUUACCACCGCAGGCGGAAGCUCGUGCACCCCGUCGUGGCCCAGCACAUCCAGCCUCAGGCGCUCAGCCUGCUGGCCAGGUGGAGCGCCGUGGUGCGGGAGCUGGAGGCCGCCCUGCAUCGUGUCUUCUAUCCGGACGCCGUGGAGGAGUGGCUGGAGGAGAACGUGCAGCCCAGCCUGAGGCGGCUACAGGCCUUGCUGCAGGACCUUAGAGAGGCAGCUAGCGCCAGGCCGCACGUGGCUCAGGACCCCUGAGGGGGUGGGCCGGGCACCCCGUCCAGCUGUGUCCAUCCUGGCGCUGGCGGCCCGCCUCCCCCUGUACCCCAGACUCCCUGCAACAGGCCACACCCAGAGAGCAGACGGUUCUCGCUGGGCAAGACGAGGCCUGCCAGCCGAUCCACACGUGGAACGUGAAAUAAAACGGAGCGGGAGCCAGAACCGCGGCUGGUGGCAGGCAGACUCGCUGCCAACAUGCGUCCCGCACCAAUGGUCCCGAGGCCCUCCUCACCCUGCAAGCCCAGCCAAGGCAGAGGGGUGCUGGCCACAUGGGUCCCUCCAACUUAGGGCACCCUCCAGUCGGGGUGACCACGCCAGAAACCAGUGACAGCAUUUCAUACUUUAUUUUAGAAAAAGAAAGCUUUCAAAUUUUACCACUUAAAAACCCAA